AUGCAGCUCUGCAGUCUUCUGUCGACCAUCCAACGCGUGGCCAUCAUCAGCCUCCUGUUGUCGGGCUGCCUCGCCAAGUUUUGCGCCGAAUCCAAGAAUAAUGUCGUUCUCUAUUGGGGCCAAGGUCCCAAUCAACUGGACCUGCUCCAUUACUGCCAGCAGUCCCACGUCGACGUCAUUAUCCUUUCCUUUGUACAUCUCUUCCCGGCGCAAGCCAACGGUUUCCUGGGCAUCAACUUCGGUAAUCAAUGCGGUCGUGCCGUCUUUCCCGGUCCAGGCUUCCAUGGUGUAAACGAGCCGCGCCGUGAUGCCUUACAAGCCAACUGCCCUGCCAUCAAUGCACAGAUUCCCGUCUGUCAACAGACAUAUGGGAAGAAGAUAAUACUCUCUGUUGGCGGGGGCAUGCUUUCCUACCAACUUACCGGCAUACAAGAAGCUGAUCUACUGGCCGAUCAGCUCUGGGUCAUGUUUGGUCCGCGUAAUGAGACCCUGGUGGCACAAGGCGUUCCCCGCCCGCUCGACUUCAAGGACCAAGCCGUCGAGGUUGACGGCAAGGGUGCGACCAUCUACAUUACACUUCCCGGCAGCCCUGAAGCGGCAAACCUAGAAAACUACAUUUCGCCUUAUGAAGCUAGCAACCUCAUAAACUCGUUUUACUGCCGAUCAAAGUUUGGUGGCAUGGCGGUCUGGGAAGCCACUUACUCGGAGAACAACCGCCAACGUGGAUACACCUAUCACGCUUUCCUCAAGAAGCACCUAGUCGCCAUCGGAAACUAUCCUGGGGGUUGCAAGCUGUAG